CCCCCCUCCCAGCGCUUUACUUUUGCAGCCCGGAGCGGGGACAUUAUGCCGAAGAGAAAGUCUCCAGAGGGUGCUGAAGGCAAGGAUGCAGCAAAAGUAACUAAACAAGAGCCCACAAGACGAUCAGCAAGAUUGUCAGCUAAACCUGCUCCGCCAAAACCUGAACCUAAACCAAGGAAAGCCACUAAGAAGGAACCCGGAACAAAGGCCAGCAAAGGUGCUAAAGGGAAGAAGGAUGAAAAGCCAGAAGCUGCAAAGGAAGGUACUACACCCUCUGAAAAUGGUGAAAAUAAAGCUGAAGAGGCUCAGAAAACUGAAUCCGUAGGUGACAAGAACGAAUGAAUUGUCGCGGAAAUUGGGGGUGGAUUUUGUGUACCUCUCGGGCAACUUUUAAAAGAUAUUUUUAUCGAGUAUUUUGUAAAUGCUAAUUUUUUUAGGACGAUGAUAGUUGACAUAUUAAACUGUAUAUGAACAUUGCCCUUCUCGUAACAGUGCUUUUAGGAAUUCCUGUUGUUGCCAAGUAAUAUGAUAUCAAAUUAAUAUCGCAAGGUAUGUGUAAAAUUGGAUCAGCAUUCCAUACACUUGCUUUAUGAAACCCAGUCUUGUGCAUAUGGUGAUGUUUUUACUGUGCGUAUUUGAAUUUUCCAUGCAGUUUUUCUAGAGCAAUAAUCAGUGGUGCUUUUGUACUUAGGGUUUAUGUGAUUUUAAUGAAACAUGGAUAGAUGUGGCCACC